AUAAAUUGCUGAGAGAUCUGUCAGCUCACGAGUCACGACUCAGUGGGAGGAUUUCUCCAGACCACCCCACUCCUCCAUUUCCAACCUCAAAACCUUCGGGUUCGAACCAUGCUGGGCAAGAGGCCGCGGUCGGUGAUCGGUAAGCUGUCGGAGCUGCUCGUCUCCGGCAGCGCCGGGCUUCUGGAAUCCGCCGUCGCCGCCGCCGCGGCGAGCCCGAGGAGCCCGCUGAACUUCAGGAUUCAAUCGCCGAGAGGACCCAGGUGCUACGAUCUCGGCGGGGUUGGGUUGGGGAUCGUUGCGGCUCUCGAGAAGCCCGGGGAUGCCAAGAUCUUGUUGCUCCCCAAGAACUGUGCUUGCCGCCCGGGCUCGGCCCGACCUGGCCCGAAGAGGGCUGGGCCCUCCGCGGCCGGAGUCCGCGCGGGGGCGGCGGUGGACGACGAUAUGGAGGACUACACUUACGUGACCUUCCAUGGGCCGAACCAGUCGUUCACGAUGGUGUAUGACGGGGAGGGCGAGUGCGAUGGGAUAGGUCACGGCGGGUGCCGCAAAAGUGGUGGGGGACUCGGUGAGUCGAUGAGACCAGCGGGCGGCGUCGGAGGAGGAGGAGGAGGAGGAGGAGGAGGGGAGGGUCCAGUUUUCCAGACUUUGGACUUCCUCAAUUCUUGUGAGUUGUGUGGAAAGAAGCUCCACGGCGAAGACAUAUACAUGUACAGAGGGGAGAAAGCGUUCUGCAGCGCGGAGUGCCGGUCGACGCAAAUAAUGAAGGACGAACGUAAAGAACAGUGCCGAUCGGAAGCUCCGAGAGUUGCCGAUCGCUCGGGAACGCCCUACUCCGAGGGUCUGAUCUUCUCGACCAGCAUUCUGGCGAUUUAGGAAGUCACAUAUCCGGCUGCGGCUACUCUUUACACAUAUGAGAAUAUAAUCAGCUUACUCUUGUUAAAGAAACAGAAGAAGAAGAAGAAGAACAAAAGAACCCAAACAAAUUUUUGCUCGGAUGAGAAUAUUCAUAGCCUACAUGAGCCGUGAGGGCAUGUGAUGCGAGAAGAAUGGGAUUAAGCUGUAUAACUCUACGUUCAUAAUAAACCAAGAUGAGGUCUCUGCAUAA